AUGCUUAACGUUAUGGGAGCUUCAUUGAAAAUUUUAAAUACUGAGAAGCAAACACCAUUACAUAUUGCAUGCGAAAUGGGAAAUGUCGAAGUUGUCCAACUUCUUUUAAGUUUGGGCGUUCAGACUGCUGCUAAAGAUGUAAACGGAAUGACUGCUUAUGAUUUUGCUAAAAGGAGUGAGUAUCAAGAUAUUCUUGAUAUACUGAACGAGUAUGAUGUAAAUAAGAUAAAUGAAGUAGGCUAA